AUGGCAGCCGCGCACUCGUCGCGAUCGACCGCGACGCGCGCGGCGCUGGCGCUCGUCGCGAUCGUCGCGCUCGUCGCGGGGGCGAACGCGCUGGAGAAUCCGUUCGCGAGACGCGCGAGCGGUGGAACGAUCAAUCGCGACCAAGAGGUGAUCGCGGAGGCCCUGACGGACGAACACGUGGUGAAACUCGACGCGAAGGCUUUCGAUGGUGAGAUAAAGAAGAGUCGAUAUAAUUUUGUGAUGUUUUACGCGCCGUGGGACGGGCACUCGAAGGCGUUCAUGCCGAGAUGGCUGUCGUACGCGCGGACGCAUCAAAUGGCGGGCACGGAGGUGACGUUCGGGUUGGUGGACGCGACGCGCGAGAAGGAACUGGAUGCGCGAUUCGAGAUUGAGGAGUAUCCGACGCUGGUGUUGUUCCGAGACGGGGUGCCGAAGACGUACAUCGGUGAUCGAUCGCCGGAACACUUGGAUAAGUUUGUGCGGAGGAAUCUGCUCAAGCCGGCGAGAUUUUUGGAAGGCACGGAUGACGUGGAGGUUUUUCUCAUCGGUCGAGCGGUGAGCGUGAUUGGAUUUUUUGAUGAUCCCUCGCACUUGGAGACGUAUCACCACGCCGCGGCUGAGUUUGAUCUCGAUUUCGGGGAGACGAAGAGCAAAAUCGCGACGGAGGACUGGAAGGCGCCGUUCCCCACGAUCAAGAUGUGGCGAGACUUCGCUAAAGAGCCGGCGACGUACGACGGUGACGUGAAGGAUCUGGACGCGAUUAAGCUUUGGAUCGCCACUGAGAUGGUGCCACCGGUCGUCAAGUUUUCGGACAAGAAGUUGCUCGAUCGCUUGUUCCAAGGACCCAUUGCAGUGAACAUCUUCGUCUUCUUGCCGGAAGAACGUGAGACGGCGGAGAAGAUGUCCAUCGCUCUAGAAAACGCCGCCGAACGACUUCGUGGCAAGGUUCACAUCAUUACCGUCGAUGCGAAAGAAAAAAUCAUGCACGACUACUUCACUCUCCACCAACACUCUGGGCCGCAGAUUCGUCUCUUAUCGCACGAUCUCAAGUACGCCUACCGAGGCUCCUUCGAGAUCGAUAAGAUCUCGAAGGACAUCGAGGAAUUCUAUAACGAGUUCAAAGCGGGAAAGCUCGUGCCGAUGUUCAAGUCGCAAGAUCCACUCCCAAAGGACGGUGACGUCGUGCAGAUUGUCGGAAAGACGUUCGAGAAGUUGGUCAUCGACAACGACAAGCACGUCCUGGUGUGGUUCUACGCGCCGUGGUGCCGUACGUGCAAGGCGAUGAAACCAGUCUGGGAAAAACUUGGCACGCUCUACAAGAAUGAGAAAGAAAUUAUCAUAGCCAAGAUGGACGCGACGAAAAAUGAGGCGAAGAACGUUCACGUGCGACACUACCCGACGGUGUACUAUUAUCACGCGGGCGACAAGCCCAGACACGAGGAAUAUGACGGCGCGAUGGAGCCCGACGCGAUUAUCGACUUUCUCAAAGAGCGCACCGGGAAGUCGCCGCAUAAAACUCGCAGGCGCACACCCCACAUGGAACUGUGA